AAAAUUCACAGAAACAUUAAAGGACUCAGACCUGCUGUCCUGUGGACGAAUUACCAAUUUAUAUUGGCAAGACUGUAAACAGACAAGAUUAAGAAGGACACGUAUUAUUGGGAAGUAGAUUAUAAUUUCGCGUGGAAGAAUAUACUGCAAGGUAAAGCUUGCAAUAUGGUCUGUAUAUUGAUUUAGAGACAUGUGUUAAUUGGGAACUAAUUAGUUAGAGUGCUACUCUUGCCUUGUAAAUAGAUAUUAUGAUCUUCAUAUACCUUAUUCGGAAAUCAGAGACCAGUGGGGAAUCCCCAAUAUGACUUUUUCUUUGGUAUUUUAAAAGCAUUGAAUCAUGCAUAUUUACUUAUUUUUCUUCAUGGUUUUUUAAAAAUUAGAGCCAAAGGCCCUUUUACCGUAAACCAUAAUUGAUUUAUAUGACAUUAAUGCUUUCAGAAUUCCAUCCGUGCGCAGCGUACAUGACACGUAUGUGAUAAUUUUCUGCGACCGACUUGUUAUUACUUAAUAAGUUUUAUGCCCAUCAUUGUUUUUAAUGGUAUACAUAGUGCAUUUUUGGGUAUAAGUUGGGGUUUACCUUACAACAUUUAAAAAUGUUCCAGUUGCAUUGUUAUUGCAUGCCCAUCAUUGGGUGUUUGUAUUGACACUAGCACAGGAUGAUACUUUAAGAUGUGAAGCUGAAUUUCAUAAACGCAACAACUAUUCCAUUUCCCUUGCAGCUGUCUGAAGUGUCUGUAAAUAUGUGAGAAUUUGAUCUCAUAGUCUCAAACUAAUUUCUUUUGGGAAGUUUUAUGCCAAGGAAAUGAAACCAAUUAUGUAGUUGAACAUGUAUGUAAGUGACAUUUAAAAGCUGUACUGUUAUGAAAGUACAGUGUGUGUGAUGAGUCUCUUCCUAUUUCAGAGCAGUUGUGUGAAUAUUAUUUUUGAAGGAACUGUGCUGACAGUGCAGAAGCAUACGUGGAAAUUUGAUAUAUUGUGCAUAAAAUCUUGCUGAAUAAUCUGUCAUUUACAGUUUCAUUCAGAUCAGUUCAAAAAUAAAAUGUCUGCAACCAUUUUAAAAGUUGAUAGUGGCAACAUAUACCUUGUUCAUUUACUGCACAGGUAUUCUUUGGCAUAGGCCUCUCAGUUAUUAUAGUAUUUUUUUAUAUAUUCUGGAUUGAAAUAAUUUCAGCUGUAAAUGUUAGUGACUAAAUAAGUUGUAUGUUUGGAAUAAAGGACGGUAUACAUUAAUUACUACUGAAUAAAAAAGUAGCUCCUUUGCUGUUUAUGAGACAUGGUAUUUUUAGAUAAGAACAAAUUUAUGUUCUGUAUUCAUUAUUAGUCUUUUUCUGUAUGUAACACAGUGUGACAUAAAAUCAGUUCAUAUACGGCUUAUAUUGGGAUAUUUUUGUGUACCAGUAUCUCCUGUCUCACUUCUACUCUGUAGAAUAAUUUACCUCAACCAAAAAUUCUCAGCAAUUAUAAAUACAUGUAAACAACAGUUGGUAUGUUUUGUGGUGUAAUUAUUUUUGUGACAUACUAUGGUUAACCAUAAAUUAGUCACAAUUAUGUAAUUUAUGAUAGAAACAAGUAUUGUAUUUGUGCUAUUAUGUGCUCUGUGUGUGGGCCUUUGAAGGAUCUGUGGAAUUUAAAUAAAUUCUGUUCUAUUCCAGUAUGCAUUAGUAUUGUAAAGUUGUAUGUCUUUUACAACAUUGUGUCUGUUUAGGAUAAGUAAAUAUAAGUACUUAAUGAAACCAUUUCAGGCUAUUGAGAUAUUAUAUUAAUAUACAUGUACUAUGUACUGAUGUAUACAUUCCUUUAAUACUUUAUUUCAGGUUUUAAAUGAUGGAUUCUUCGUUCUCAAGUGAUAAGUCUUCACCCAGUGUGCUUGAAAUAGACAGAGUAAAUAAACCAGCUGCUUCUCUGGGAAACUCCACAUUGACUGAUUUUCCUUCAAGAGAUGAAGUUGUAGAACAGAAUGUUGUAGAGUAUGAUGACGUUAACAGAUGUACCUUCUCAAAUGACAAGUCUUCAUCCAGUGUGCUUGAAAUAGACGGAGUAAAUAAACUGGCUGCUUCUCUGGGAAACUUCACAUUGACUGAUUUUCCUUCAAGAGAUGAAGUUGUAGAAUAUGAUAACAUUAACAGAUGUGAAGGGAAAGAAAACAAUCAUGUAGUAGAAACAUUAAAAACUGGAAAACAGUUGCAUGCAGAAACCCAUGAUGAUAAACAUUUUUUGAGGGAACAGUUAAAUAUGCUGGAGUGUCCAUUUACUUGGAAAAUACAAAAUGAAAGUAUUCGUGAAACACCUGAAUCAAUCAUUGCACGAACAUAUGAAAAAAUGGAAGAAAUUGAAGACGAAAGUAAUUUUCAGUGGCGCAGAUUUAUCUUCAUGCUUGUUAUUUGUUAUGAAAAUUUUCGUAAAGGUGACAUUUCAGUAUCAUUGGAUAAACAGAGAAGAUGUGAAGAAAUUCUUAAUCCGUCAGAUUCCAAAGGAAUAUAUGAAAGUUUGUUUCAAGCAAUAAAAGAUGCUUUGUCACAUGUUAUCUAUUCAUGUAAGUGUCACCUGUUUCUUGAAAGUGGUGUACUGAAUGAGACAAGACGAACACUUGAAAAGGUGCGUAAAUAUGAGGAAAUGGAAAAUAAAUGCAAAGCUGGCAUUUGGGGCAUUCGAGCAGCUGUCUCAAUGGAAUAUGGUUAUGAGGGAACCAAGGCUGCAGUUGAAUAUAUCAAGAAGGCUCUAAAACUGGACCCACAGCAGGGUGAGUGGCAGUUUUUGUAUGCAAAAUGCCUUGGUCGUCUUCGUCGAAUUGACAAUUUCAAUGAGAUUCCAGCAAAGGAGGAACUUAAAGCACUGGAAAAUGCUGUUAAAAUGACAAAAAAUCCUUCGUAUAUAAUUUUCUUAGCACAAGCUUACAGAGAAGCAUCAUUCAGGGUUUACUCCCUCCAUAGAAAUAAUCUAUCUUCUCUAAAGGCUGAACUUGAAAGAAUGAAUACACGCUCAGCUGAACUUUAUAGGGAAGCACUGAAUUUGAGAAGUAACUGUGCACACAUCAACAUCCGCUGUGCUCAGGGCUUCUCUAAACUUCCUGCUCCAUACAGAGAUUUAAGACUAGCAAAAAAGUGUUGUUAUAAGGCUCUAGAACUUGCUCCCAGUAAUGCAAUGGCUAAUCAUGUCGCAGGAUCUAUCUUUGAUUGGUAUGAGAGAGAUUUAGAAAAAGCAAAGAAACACUAUCAGAUGGCUGGUGAGCAAGGUUCUUACGGUGCAUAUUUGGACCUCUACAAAUUGAAGUUCAGUGAGAACGACAAAUAUGAUCCCAUCCCUGAUUUUGAGUUUCUGCUGAGCCGUUUUACAGAGAAACCAAGAGUUGAGGAGACCCUAUGUCAAAUGGGCUCCUUCUACCUUUUCAUAAGGAAUGACCUGUCUACAGCUUAUAAGGAAUACUGGAGUAAGGUCAUUUCUGCUACUCCAGAUUCAGACAAGUUGAAGACUCACAAAUGUACAUUCUUGCGCAUGAAAACACCUAUAAAUAUCUACGAAUUAAUCAUUGAUGAGGCAAGACUAAGACUAGACCCAGAAAAGAGUCGGUCUGUGUCUGAAGAAGACCGCACAUUGUUUCGCCAGAUAAUUAUCAAAUUCUCUGGACUUUUCUCAGAACUGUUGCAGAAUUCUCCAAAACCUCGCCGCCAGAUGGUUCUGGAUGAUAUAAGUAGUUUUUAUUCUCGUCGAUCACGUUCACUGCGUGGCCGUGGUAGAGGUAGAGGUAGAGGUAGAGGUGGACCUCGUGGCUCGGGUAGGGGCAGGGGCAUAAGUAGAGGUGACAGUCAUAGAGGAGGGAACAGGAGCCAGAGUCGAGAAAGUAGUGGAGGUGGAAGUCUUCAUAGAAAUUUCCAUGGCAGAUACAGCAGGGGCACAACCCAUGAUUUUAGCACUGAGAAUAGGAGUAGCAAGAGGGGUGGACACUGUUAUAGAGGUGGAAGUCGUGACUCAAGCGCUAACAGCAGGGAUGGACAUCACAGUAAAGAAAGACAUGCUGGCAGUAGUUCGUAUCAAAGGGAUUCAAGUAAUGAGAGCAGAAGCAGCCAGGACAAGAACUGGCGAAGUGGACCAAGAGACUUUAAUCAAACUGUAGACGUAAAGAUGAGCCAUAAACGUGACAGCAGCAAUAGCAGUGUAGAUAGUCGGUCAGAUCAUGUCAGGAAACAUGAUGGAAACCCAAGAUCUAGAACUGACAGUCUCAGUAGCAUUGGAAGCGCUUCAGAUGUACCCAGAAAUUUUGGAGGCAGAAUAAGAACAGAAAGUAAUAGUAGUGUUGGUAGUGACACACGUAGAGAUUGGAAAGAAGGUUGCCUUGGUGGUGGACCAAAAAGUAGAAACAGUCAGGAGGACAGAAACUUGCAGGUACGUGAAGGAAGUAAAUUGGAGUUUGGUCUAGGAGAAAGACAAGUUCGUAAUAAUCAGGGUUUUUACAGAGGAGCAGGGGAUGGCAGACAAGGUUUUAAGAGGGGUGGAGGUGGAAGGCAGAAUUUCCAAAGAGAUGCCAGUUAUGGUAGGGAAGGAAGCCAACAUAAUAUGAGUCAAAAUUUUGGGAACAGAGAUUCAAGCAUGUACCAUAACAGAAAUGAAGGUGGUGCAGUAGGAGCUUCAUCCCCUGAAGCAUCCCCAAGUAGAUGGCAGGGACGUGAAAAUAAAACAUUCCAAAGAGGAUUCAGGGUGAAAACUGUAUCUAACCUAAAACUGACAUGGCAAAAGAGUAAGGAGUAAAUGGCUCUUUGAUUUUAACCACCAGCCUGAAUCAUAUAAUACCAAGAAUUACACUUAAUGGAAUAUACAGUCACCACAAUUUACAUUAGUUAACUUUUGGCUACAGUUGAGUUGAAGUUCAAUGUCAUGAAGCCAAUAUACCCUAUAUAAUUAUCAUUUUCUAUAAUUCAUGUUUUGUGUCCUUUUACUCAGUUUUGAUGUUAUGAAUUAUAUGUUAUUAGUAGUGACUGGUUGUUUUUGAUGUUUGUAUAAAAUGCUAGAUUAGAAUGGUUUAUCAUUCACUGUUAAGACACAAUUAAAGAAGUAAAUAAAAUCUAAACAUUCCACAUGUUUUUUUGUCUAGUUUUUUCUGCUUCAGUUCACAUAGUUAGAAUCCUUUUCUCCCUCUAUAUUUUUAUAUUAUUUGCUUAAUUGAUUCUGCAGUUGCCGAAGUACUGCACUGUAUACAAAUUCAACUACAUUGAGGUGACUUAUCCUUCAUCACGAGAAUUUCAAAUUUAAAACCCGUGGGCUUCUGACCAGACUUUAAUGGUAUGUUACCCCGAUGUAUAGCCAGCUGGACUUUGUGUAUGCUGUGAUGUACAGCUGAUUAAGUUUGUGUUAUUCUUGAUAUGUCAGGCAUACAAUUGAGGUGCCAGAAUAUGGUAUUAGCCAUGUAAGCUACGUUACUGACCUCGUUCCUGUGAACACUAUGAGGUUCCUGCAGUAAACUAAGAAUACUGUGAAAUUAUUCACAAUUUUGAAAUAUAGUAAUUCUGAUGUAAAACUGGACUGCAUGUAAAACGUGACACAAGGACAAUAAAGGUUAAACAGAAUA